AUGGGCGAGGAGGUAGCGUCGGGGCGUGCUACCGCGAAACGCGAGGGGACCGUGGAUGUAACCACCACCACCACCACCACACCUCUCCGACCACCACAGCAACAACAACAGCAACCGCACGAGAUACCACCACGAGGGACCAGCGGUCUGCGGCGCCAGCGACAAUUGAGCGAGCGGGGACAGGCUGCGCUCAAGGAGAAGGAGAAGGAGAUUGAGGAGCGGGAGAGGAGACGGACGCAGAGGGUAUCUUCUGCGCAGCGGAGCUUGAAGGCUGCGUCGGUGCUUUCGGACACGGCGAUUGCGAUUACGAAAACGACGGGGCGGUCCAGGGGCGCUUGGCCGGCGGGUGAGAAGACGGUGGAUCUCAGGACGGGGAGGCGCGGUCUGGAGGGGGUGGUGCAAGAGGGAGGAAGUGGAAGUGGAAGUGGAAGAGGAAAGGUGCCAGCUCAAGCUCAAGCUCAAGCUCAAGCUCAAGCUCCAACCCACUUCCCGAGACGCUCGCCAGAACCACACCCGCAGCCCAAGAGAUACGUGCUGAAGUUCAAGCGGCAGCUGCUCGAGCAGGCGCAGCGCAAGGAGGACGCCGAGCGGGAUCGGGUCAGGCAGUUGCUGGGUCGGCAGUGGGAGGACGCUGUCUGUGCUAGCACGCUGGUCCGGGAGGUGGAUCUGGAGAUGGUGCCUGCGCUCGAAGGGCCGCUCCAGCUGCGGAGCGGGAGGCCGCGGGGUUUGAGGAGCGGGGGCGUACCGGAGCUUUCAAACGGAGGUCAUUCGAAGGGAGGCGGCGAUGCUGCUGCGGCGGGACACAGAGCUGGCCGUCCGCGGGGCAGGAAAGGGAGUGUGGUCAAGCUCGACGAGCCGCGCUUGGUGAAACGGCCCGUCGAAGAGAUGAACGGCAUCGCGGAAGAGACUGCCAUCGAAGUUGAUCCCCGCCACCCCGAACCCGAGCCCGAACCACCACAGGUGAAGAAGCCGCGCAAGAUGGAGCUGGAGCUGCGCAUCGACGAUAAGUCUACGAAGGACGACAAGGAUGCGGACGGCCUGGAGCGCAAUAUCGAUAAUGUGAUUUUUGGGGACGUGACGUUCAAGUCGUGGUACCCGUCGUGGUACCCUAAGGAGAUCAUUGGGGAGAAGGCACUCACCGUUGGGCCUAGCGACAAGGGAGGUAUUGUGGUCAGCGAGCUUUACGUCUGUAGGCGGUGUUUUGGGUACGCGAAGGUGUUGGUGGAGUGGGUGAGGCAUUGUCGGUGCUGCGAGAAGGGGAUUCCGGGCAAAAAGGUCUACGUGCACGGGGGAUGGAGGGAGGAGGGUGCGGUGAGAGGUGCGACUGGGGACUGGAGUGUCUGGGAGGUUGAUGGGGGUGUUGAGACGCUCUUUUGCCAGAAGCUCUCCCUCUUCGCCAAGCUCUUCCUCGACAACAAAUCCGUCUUCUUUGACGUCUCGGGCUUCAACUACUUCCUCCUCGUCUACACGCCCCCGGCCAAUUCCCCGCACGUCACAAACCCCAACAGCCCUCCGAGUCCCCAGAUCACAGGCUUCUUCUCCAAGGAGAAGAUGUCCUGGGACAACAACAACCUCGCCUGCAUCCUGAUCUUCCCGCCGUGGCAGCGCAAAGGCCUCGGCGCCCUCCUCAUGGGCGUCUCGUACGCCAUCGCCCGACGCGAGGGCAUCAUGGGCGGUCCGGAGAAGCCCAUCUCGGAACUGGGCCGCAAAGGGUACAAGCGCUUCUGGGGGGCGGAAGUCGCGCGGUGGAUCCUCACGCGGCCGGAGUCCGGCCGGAAGGGGGGGAAGGGGGGAGGCAAGAUCAGGAAGCCGGAGGUGGUGGGCAUCGAGGUCAUCAGUCGGGAGACGUGGAUCGCUGCCGAGGAUUGCUUGGGCGUCUUGAGGGAUAUGGGCGUCGUGGAGCGGAUUGAUAGGGAGGCGGUAAGGGCGUGGUGUGAGCGGCUGGGGGUCAGUCUGCAGCCGGUUGUUGGGGAGGACGGGUUUGUGCCGGGCUAUGCGGAGAGGAUUGAGGUGGAUGCGGAGACGGGGGAGGGGAUGGAGGGAGUGGAGGGGGAGGAAGAGGAGAUGGGUGAUUGA